AUGCGUGUCUUCGCCACCAGCGUCCUCGCCGCGCUCGUCUCAUGCGCUCUGGCCGCGCCUCUGGCGCCGAAGCUGCCAGACAUCCCGGAUCCGAUCUCGCCGCUCAUCUCGGACGGCCUGCAGCAAGUGGGCGACAUCAUCCCCGCUGUCGGACAAGAGGUGCAGCGCUGCAGCAAAUACCAGGUCGUCUCGGCCCGAGGCACCUUCGAGCCUCAGGAGGGCGAGGAGAAGAGCCAGGACACCGUCGACGGCAUCCUCGCAGCGGUUCCCGGCGGCAAGCGCUACGAGCUCAUCUAUCCGGCCGGCAUCAACUACGCAAUCGAUCCGUCCGUCGGUGCUGCAGGACUGGUGGCGCAUGUGAAUGCCCAGCGCGCGCGCUGCCCGGAGCAGGUCUUCGUACUGCUGGGCUACUCCGAGGGCGCCAUGGUCGUCGUGCAGGCGCUCAACAAUGAGGCGCUGCCUUUCGAUGCUAUCAGCGCCGUCGUUCUGUACGGCAGCCCGUACUGGCGCUCGUGGAACCGCGAGUCGGCGGGCUCAGCGACCGUCGGAGCAGGCGUGGCGUACUAUGUGCUCUCGACACCUCGCCGGUACGCCGACAAGACGCAAGACUACUGCAUGGUGCUCGACGCUGUCUGCUCGGGCCAGCCGGGCCUGACGCACGUCUUGUACGAGGGCAGUCCGGAGCAGGCCGAGGCCAUCGCCUUUGCGGCGGCCAAGCUGCGCGAGACGCUCGGCUCCUGAGCGAUGUGCGGCACACGCCGACAGCUGUGCCGUCGGAGACAGAUGCCAGACAAGAAGAAUGAGAUGCUGGACCCGGUCCAUUGGGCCGCGCCCUUCCAUGACUUGCAGCGGCAACCCCCGCGCGUGUGCAUGAGCAGUGCGGGAAUCUUGGCGUGUCUCUUGAAGGCCGGCGUGCGGCGAGCUGGUGGUAGACAAACA